AUGCCAAGGGUCCGAUGGUGGCGAAUCUGGUGGCUUUGGCUUCCCAGAGGUGGCAGUGUAGAGACACCGCCACUUCCAGAGCACGUGAACUUGACGGAUUGGCGGGAAGUGGUGUGGGACGCGAGUUUUUGUUGGGAUCAGGACUGGACCUUCUUCCAGUGCUGCCGCAACGGCCGCGAUCUGGAUGUACUGCCCGGGAUUCUGCAAGGGCUCGCGAAAGUGCGUGGGCAUCCUGAUUGCUGGCAGCCUCCAGAGGAGGGCCCUGUGUAUCACGACAACUGCUGCGUUUUGAAUGCAAACCUGGACAAAGUCCCGCGCUUUGACCACAUGAUCUGGCAGAUUCGCAUGCCGGAAACGGAGCAAAUCUUGAAUGUGGUGCAAGGGCAAGUCUUAGAAACAUGGGAGACUCACCGUGCGAGGCAAAACUUUGUGAGUUAUCAGCAUAUGUUUCGACAAGGUGUCAGCGGAGUUGGUUCUAUAGCCAGGAAACUGAUUUUGUUUUGCUGCAUUUGGCAAAACUUUUUGUGGCCGUGGAAACAUCAAGUCACAGGGACCGCUAUCUGA